AAUACCAUUAAGUAAUUCAAAUAAUAAUGUGGUGAGCCUAAGAAAUUACAACAAAAAUGUUAAAUUCAGUGUUGCGGCGUACUUGGCAACCCUGUUAAUGAACCUUCAGCUGUAUCUUUGUAUACAUAUCAAUAACACAGAAAACAGCAGAAAAAUCAAAAAGUUUAAGUUUUCCCAACGAACAAUAUAUACACAAACUAAACUGAAUUUCCGAAAAAAUGGAUGACGAAGAGACUGCAGAAAUCGAUGAGACCAGCUCAUCCAGCACAAACACAACUACAAAUACAAAUACAAAUGCAGCUGCAACUGUAGCUGAAAUGCAGGUUGAAUUAGGGAUAGACGAGGAAAUUACACAAAGCAGCGGAAACGAUGCUGGAGCUGAAGAUGGAGCCAGAUCUGAAGCUGGAGCUAGUGCAAUAGCUGCCGUGACUACGGCGCAUGUGAACAGUCGUGCGAGGCUUGAGAAUAUGAUCGAGGAGGUGGACAAUAUGUUCGAGGAGGUGAGUGAGCUGAUGGUAGAUGUCACAGAGCUGAUGCGCCGCGCCAACCAACUGAGAGAAGACACAGGCACGGUUGCACCGCCGCAAAAUCCAAAUGUGGCCACAAACGCAACACCUCCUGUUGAGAUCGAGGAGGAGGCGGAGACCCCAGAUCAACAGGCGGAGCAGGCCGUGGUGACCAACGACAGUCCAAGUCGGGCGAGCGUCAGCUCUAGGCACAGCGGCAGUGACAUGUCGCUGGACAGUCCAGGCAGUGAAGAUGAUUCGGAUGCGGAGGCAGUGCCACGUUGGAUGAUACCGGCAAAUCGUGUGCGUUCGGCUGUGGACAUGUUGGUCUCGCAGGCUCGUAAUCGGGAUGGAGGUAUUGCAACACUGUUGCGACGUGAAAACUUUUUACAGCGCGUGCGUAGCAUGGUUUUUAGCCAGGAUCGCAUUCGUGGCAGGGCGAGCGAUGAUGUUAACAACGCUGAUGUGAUCAAUACUGUUCCAGAUGAUACAUCUGAAUCAUCGCCGCCACCACCGUUGGAUGUUGACAUGGAAGAGGGCGUACGGUUCGACACAAAUCUUCCAGCAGAGCAUUCUUAUUUCGGUACAAAUCUGAAUCGUGUACCCGGUGUGGAUUACUUGGAAGUGGGCAGCACACAUCGUAUGCUUAUAUUCAUGCAUCAACAUAUACUCUUUCCUGGUGAGGUGUUGCCUUUUAUGAUUGACGGAAGCAUUAUCGAUGAAGAAAUCGAAGAUGCGGGACGUGAUGGUGUCAUCUUCGGCGUUGGCUUUCCACUGAUGCAGCCGCCGGACGAUAACCCACACAAGCUUUACGGCGUCACCUGCCAGAUCUAUGAGAAAGGUGAAAGUGGACGCCAGCAUGUGUUUUACAAGUCCCGCGCCCUGCAACGCAUCGUCAUCAACUGUGACGAUAUACAAGGACCGCCCCAGUACAUAGCAAGGAAUCCGACCAUGAAGUGUUACAGCAAGGUUAAAAUAUUGCCAGAAUACUUUCUGCCCGAGCCGCUCAAAUGCAUUGAUAUGGGCUCAUUGAAUCGUUUUCGUGAUAUACCUUCCAUGCAGGAUAAAUUUCGGCGCUUUCAACUGACUACAACACCCUGGCCUGUCGAGGCUUGUGGGGAAUACUCUUUUGAGCAUAUUGUGGAGAAAGCACGCCAAAAGCUAGAAAUACAUAAAAUAGAUACCAUGCCAAAGUGUCCCAUACAAUUGUCAUUUUGGCUUGUGCGCAAUUUGCAUCUGACAGAGAAAAUGAUGCGUUUGACAUUUCUCACAGAUUCUGUGAAUAUAAGACUGCAGAUUAUUGGCACCACCUUGAAGCAGGAGUCACUCUUCUAUUGUCGUUACUGCAAUAGCAGUCUGGCCUAUUGUUCCGAUCUAUUUGCCAUGUCCAAGCAUGGCGUUCAAACGCAAUAUUGCAAUUCAGCUGGCUAUAUACAUGAGACAAAUACGGUGUAUAGGGUCAUUGCGCAUGCCAUAGGCUAUAGUGGGGAGCCAUCCACCGAGUUUAGUUGGUUUCCCGGCUACCAGUGGCAUAUUAUUAUAUGCAAGUUUUGCGCACAACAUGUGGGCUGGGAAUUUAAGGCAGUCGAGCCGAAUCUGGCCCCCAAGGUGUUCUUUGGUCUAGCUGGAUCUAGCGUUCGCAUUGGUAAAACCAGCGAGCGUACACCGACGCAUGGCAGCACAUUUGUUGUACGGAAUCUGUUGCGUCUCGUUUCCAGAGAACUUGAAUGAGGUUGGCAACUGGUGAAACGUAUUGGCAGUUACUGUUGUUGUCGUCACCGUCGUCGUCAUCGUCGACCAUCUGAUGGACCUGCAUAAUCUCUAAAGCUAAAAUGUAGAAGAUUUAAAUUCGUUUCACUAAAUCGUUUAAAUAUUUUUACAUUAAAAAUGCAAAAGACAUUGUCGUCAGUUAUGGACAGGCUUGUACGCGUGCAAACAUUAAGAUUGAUUUACCAACUUAUAUUAAAACUAAUUCAUAUUUAAGAUAUCGGCGUGAUUAAUAUAUUACUCUUUAUUUUUUUAAAUCUAACUGAUUGUUGUUGUAUGCAACGUAAAUACAUAUAUGCAGCAAAAUCCCAAUACAUAUG